AUGGACCAGCCGCUUAAUCUCAGACAACUCAUCGACAAAUCAGUAUGCCAAGCAUUGUUCCCUUUCACACUACGCCAUGUGUGUCUCACCGGUAUCGUUCUUUCUGCUCCUGUAAUGGAUGCCCUUAUGACACUUACCAAUCUUCGUCAUUUGGAGUUGAUGGGUAGUGUCAUCGAUACACAGCUAGCAGCUAGAUACAUCGAUAGACUUGGUUUGUGGACUUUUUAGCA